AUGGGAGUCCCCGAGCUCCGGACGCCCGCCUCCGUGACGGAGUACGUCCUCUCCGUCCUCUCCGCCUCGGAGCGCACGCCCUACAUCGGCGAAGCCAUCUCUCAACUACAGCACUCCCUGCAAGCCGCCGCCCUCGCCGCCUCCGCCCUCCCUCCCGUGGACGACCUCACCCAAGUCGCCGCCCUCCUGCACGACAUUGGCCAGUUCACCCCCGCCGCCGACCUCCGCAUCCUCACCACCACCACCGGGGAGGUGCAAAAUCUCGGCGGACAGGCCGACGCGGCCCGCUCGGUCGGCCGCGUCGGCCACGAGACGCUCGGCGGCGCGAUGCUCCUCGCGCUCGGCUUCCCGCCCAAGGUCGCCCGCCUGGUCGAGUCGCACGUGGCGUCGAAGCGGUACCUGUGCGCGGUGGACGCGUCGUACCAUGACAGGCUAUCGGAGGCGAGCAAGAGGAGCCUGCAGUUUCAGGGGGGGCCGAUGGACGAAAAGGAGAAGGGGGGGUUUGCGGCGGGGGAGUGGUGCAAGGAGAUGUGUCAGCUGAGGAGGUGGGAUGACGCGGCGAAGGAAAAGGACCUGAGAGUUAGAGACUUGGAAUCAUGGCGGCCGGUCAUUGAGCGAGUGUUGAGCGAGAGCAUGGGUGCUGCUGCUGCGGCAUAG